AUGGCUUCAGGUUACGACCGUGCACUAUCAGGCAAUCCUGACGGCCACGUCUUUCAAGUCGAAUAUGCUCUCGAAGCAGUCAAACGAGGGACUUGUGCGGUCGGCGUCAAGGGGAAGGACAUUGUAGUGUUGGGAUGUGAAAAGAAAUCGGCCAUGAAGCUCCAAGACACGCGAAUCACACCGUCCAAAAUCGGCCUGGUCGACCGUCACGUAUGCCUUGCCUUUGCCGGCCUCAACGCCGAUGCUCGCAUAUUGGUCGACAAGGCCAGGGUGGAGGCUCAGUCGCAUCGACUCACGGUGGAGGAUCCCGUCACAAUUGAAUACAUCACCAAAUAUAUCGCCGGCGUGCAGCAAAGAUAUACCCAAAGUGGCGGCGUGAGACCGUUCGGUAUCAGCACUCUCAUCAUUGGAUUCGACAAGGGCAGCCAGGAGCCGAAGCUGUAUCAGACAGAGCCUUCGGGCAUCUACUCUGCAUGGAAAGCAAACGCCAUUGGAAGAUCUAGCAAGACGGUGCGAGAGUUCCUCGAACGCCACCACAAGGAUGACAUGGAUCGGGAAACCACCAUUUCCUUGACGGUCAAAUCACUUUUGGAGGUGGUGCAAACGGGGGCCAAGAACAUCGAGAUUGCCAUCAUGGCGCCGGGAAAGGCGAUUGAAAUGCUCCCGGCCGAGCAAAUCGAGCAAUACGUCAAAACUAUCGAGGCCGAAAAGCAGGAAGAACAAGCCAGGAAGAAGCCAGGAAGAGGGGGCGCCUCGGGUACAGCAUCACUGCCGACGCGACCACUAGCUGAAGGCGAGGGCGAAGGUAGUGGAGAUAUCUGA